AUGCGUCAAACAGGCACUUUAGCGUUUCUGGCACUUUUGCUUGCACCAUUAGUCUCUGCCGAGUGCCAGGACCGUAUCACCCCAUGCUCUCCUUGGUCCGUUUGCACCAACUUGGGUGCCGCCCAAGUCUGUGGAACAACAGAAUAUGCCAGCGGCGGCUGUCUCAAGCAACUUACCGGCGGCAACUCUGGCGCCGUUCGUUGCAACUGCUGUCCCAAAUAA